AUGAGUGGUGAGCAUGAUCAAAGUAAGACCAAGUAUCAUGUCACAGAUGAAGUAAAGAACUCAGUGCUCUGUAAGGUGCUAAUGCUAGAUGGUACCGACUUCAAAGUACACAUCCAUAAAAAUGCAAUAGGACAAGUACUAUUCUUGAAGUCUUGUGAGCAUUUGAGUUUGCUGGAAAAGGAAUAUUUUUCAAUUACUUUUAAGGAAGCCAAUGGCACAAAGGUUUGGCUCCAGCAUGAUAAGCCUAUUGCCAAGCAGUUGAACAAAUUGAAAUGGGAAUUUUCUUUUGAAGUGAAGUUCUACCCGCAAGAUCCAUGCAAUUUGAAAGAGGAAUUAACCAGGUAUCAGAUGUAUUUGCAAGUCAGGGUGGAUAUUUUGGCGGGAAGAUUGCUUUGUUCCCAUCACGCCAAUGCCAUCCUCGGCGGGUACGCCUGCCAAUCGCAACUCGGGGACUGGGACCCUAACGAGCAUGACCAGGGCUUCGAGUAUGUUAAAAAUUUGAAGUUCUGCCCCGGCCAGACUGAUGAUCUGAUUGAAGCCAUUGCAGAGCAGCACAAAGACAAUCAUGGCAUGGAAGCAGCUGAGGCAGAGUACAGGUACCUGGAAAAUGUCAGAACCAUGUCUCUUUAUGGAGUGCACAUGAUCAAUGCGAGGGAUGAAGACCACAGACAAGUUUCAUUGGGCAUAUGUGCGGAUGGCCUGCUGGUGUUCAUGGAGAGGAUAAGAUUGCACAGAUACGUCUGGGCUAAAAUAAUGAAGAUUGCUUACAAAAGAAACAAGUUUACUAUCCACGUUCGACCAGAUAGUCCAAAGGAGCCAAUUCCAUUAGUAGUGUACCAUCUCCUGAACUACAAGACUGCCAAGAGAACCUGGAGACUUGCUGUUGAACAUCACAUGUUCUUCAGGUAUUUGUUUAUUGACGUUUUCGUGUAA